AAUUGAUGAAUUGAUGAAUUGAGUCCUGCAUCUUCACUUGGGAUAAUUGGGAUAUCGACAGCCUCACUGGUGAACACACUCGGAAAUUCAAAUCACAUCGGGUACGCUCUCUAACGACCGAGGCCAUGGCGAGCAAAGGUGUAAAGUGUCUUAACGAGGCUUUUAAGAGCCUAAGCCUAUCAUCGCAGACAUGCAGAGAAGCCGUUUCGCAUCGGAUACCAUCGUCGACAUUUACUCGGUCAAUGGCAACUGAAGCCCCUCUACCCAAAAUCACCACCUCGGUAGAUUCAGAUUCCAUAUGGAGACCAGCAACCACAGUCCCCCUAACCAUCUUCAACUUCCCAUCCUUCGAGCCGCAGCGCCUCGAGUCCUGGUCCGCGAAGCACUUGCACCUGCCGCUGCGGCGCGACAUCCUGCACCUAGCCGUCGUAUACGAGGGCGACAACACGCGGCAAGGCACCGCCUCGACCAAGACGCGCUGGGAAGUCGCCGGCUCGCACCGCAAGAUGCGGCCGCAGAAGGGCUCGGGCCGCGCCCGCGUAGGCACGCGGCAGUCGCCCAUGCUGCGCGGCGGCGGCAAGACCUUCGGCCCCAAGCCCCGCGACUUCGGCACCAAGCUCCCGCGCAAGGUGUACGACCUGGCCUGGCGCACCGCGCUCAGCUACCGGUACCGCCGCGGCGAGCUGCUCGUGUGCCAGGACGGCAUGGACCUGCCGCUGCCCGCCGAGUUCGCCGACCUGGUGGCUGCGGGCGAGCUGCAGGACGAGCUGCAGCGCAGCUUCAAGGCGAAGUGGGUGCAGCAGGUCCUCGACGCGAACGAGUGGGGGCGUCGCUGCGGCCGCAGCACCUUCAUCACGACUUCCCCUCGGGAUAAUCUGUUCGAGGCGUUGGAGGAGGUGCCGAAUUACGGACGCGCGCUGGAAGUCGACGACGUCGAUGUCAAGAAUCUACUCGAGACGGGCCGUCUGGUUGUGGAGAGGGGGGCGCUUAAGGAGCUGAUCGAGCGGCAUCAGAGCGAUAUAGUCACGAGAGUGUUUGUUGCCAAUGCGGCGUUGCCCAAGGCGCCUGAAAGUGGCCAUGUGUUGGUAGAGUAGCACUAUUUCGGCUGUAUAUUUAUUAUUCGAAGCCUUUGCAAAGUGUAAAACCUCUAAACUGCAUCCCCAUAAGUGGGAUUAACAUGUCUGUAUAUUGAUGCCAUUGGAAUAACUAUGUAUUAUUUUAAGCAUCUAUACCUCACUCUACGAUCUACGACAAGCUCUAGCAUCUUCGGUCUUUUGCUUGCAAUCCCGAUAAGAAGCCUGUGACCUGGAAUACCUCGAGCGGCAUGGUGUUUACUGACUUAGCCAGGUACCUGUACCUAAUCUAGGUACGAUCGACCGUAUUUACCACAAUGGCAAUAUCAAGUAGGUAAUAUGCGGCUUCUAGGAAUGCAGAUACAGAUCGAAAAGUGCCAGACACACACACGGCAUGAUGACGUCGAUCUUAUGUAUCGCACCCAUACAAAAUCUACGUCCUAGCCAAUUCCGGGUUGCCUUGCCCCAACUUUUGACCCUUGGAUCACGAUGC